UAGUUAAUAUAAAAGCGAUGUAAGUGAGUGGCACCAUUCUAACCACAACCUGAAAUGACAAUUUCUGAGUGGUCUCAACUUCUGUUCCUUUGCAUCAUAACAUCCUCACCCCUCUUCCUUAGCAACAUCAAUGUCGCAUUUGCAACAGACCCAUUUGUCCAACAAGAGAAAGACAGGAUUUUUAGCGCACUCCCAGGUCAAAACUUCAACAUAACCUUCAAACACUAUUCUGGGUAUAUCACAGUCAAUGAGGAAGUUGGAAGGACACUGUUUUACUGGUUCAUUGAAGCUGAUCAUCCAGAUCCCACUUCAAAGCCUAUUCUUUUAUGGUUCAAUGGUGGUCCUGGCUGUUCUUCUAUAGCUUAUGGAGAAGCUGAGGAAAUUGGUCCUUUUCGGAUUAAGCCAGAUGGCAAAACCCUUUAUCUUAAUCCUUAUUCUUGGAAUCAAGUUGCCAAUAUUCUUUUUAUUGACUCUCCUGUUGGAGUUGGAUUUUCUUAUUCAAAUGAUUCAUCUGAUAUUCUCAACAAUGGAGAUAAGAGGACAGCUGAGGAAAAUCUCAUAUUCCUAUUGAAAUGGUUUAAGCGUUUUCCCCAGUUUAGAAAAACAGACUUUUUCAUCAGUGGUGAGAGCUAUGCAGGACAUUAUGUUCCCCAACUUAGCCAACUUAUUGUCAAGUAUAACUCGGCUACAAAACAAGAUUCUAUAAACUUCAAAGGUUACAUGGUAGGAAAUGCUCUAUUAGAUGAUUUCCAUGAUCAAUUGGGGAUGUUCCAAUUUUGGUGGUCAAGUGGUAUGAUUUCGGAUCGAACAUUCAGGCUCUUGAACCUUCUAUGUGAUUUUCAGUCAGUCGAACACCCGUCAAAGUCAUGUGAUAAAAUGUAUGAUCUUGCCUAUGAAGAACUUGGUAAUAUCGACCCAUACAGUAUCUUUACCGCUACUUGCCACGCUAAUGAUAAUCAGCGGAUUAAAAGAAGGCUUUUAAGAAAGAAUAGUGCAGGAAGACUCAGAAGUGCGUAUGAUCCUUGCACCGAGAAGCACAGCACCAUAUACUUCAAUCAACCCGAGGUCCAAAGAAUUCUACAUGUUGAUCCAAAUCACAAGCCGGAAAAAUGGCAGACUUGCAGUGAUGUGGUAUUUACUAACUGGAAGGAUUCUUCUAGAAGCGUUCUCAAUAUAUAUCGUGAACUUAUUCCUACCGGACUGCGAGUAUGGAUAUUCAGUGGUAAUACAGAUGCCAUUCUCCCGGUAACAUCUACUCGCUAUUCCAUAAAUGCUCUCAAGCUUCCAACUGCGAGCCCCUGGCGUGCAUGGUAUGAUGACGGAGAGGUAGGAGGAUGGACGCAAGAAUACACGGGACUCACAUUUGUAACUGUAAGGGGUGCUGGGCACGAAGUUCCUCUGCAUAGACCGAAACUUGCUCUUACAUUGUUCAAAUCCUUUUUAGCAGGAACCUCCAUGCCAACUCUUGAACCAGUCACACUCACGGCCGCCUAUUGAUUUAAUUAAUUCAAUUUAUGGUUGUUACAUGGCCACCAAUUGUGUUAGUUUUUUUUUUGGAUUAUUUCUCAAUAAGGUUAUUCUAAGCAAUGCCAUGGAGCACAAUUUAUUCUUACAGGAAAUGGAACUAUUUAUUCUUACAGGAAAUGGAAGAAUGCUGGUAUGCUGAGGUUAGAACUCAUACACAGCAUAUUCAUGAGAUGUACUUUAGGUACCGAUAUGCCUUAUUCUUAGAAUAACAUGAAGUGUUAUUUUCAUA